AUGUCUAACGAGAAACAAUUUGACAACCUUCACACUGAGAUGUUUGAUCUCGGAAUUAAGAACCGCCGCGAGGUGGUUGGAGAUUCUUACGUCGAUGCUGCUCUGAAGAAUGGAAGUAGCGAGUUCUCUUACCCAGGUCAACAGCUUGUGACGGAGUAA